AUGGCAACAACAACACCAAUCAUGGAUACUCAGGCUCCAUCACCACAGCCAUAUCUGACGCGCAUGCCCCAAGAAGUUCUGACAAGGAUCACCUACUUCGUCAGAACACCCGACCUUUGCAACGCGCGCUUGACGUGCAAGUCGUUGGAAAAUGCCCUCUACUACUCGUUUGCGUACGAGUUCUUCCGCAAGAAGCAGUUCAUGAUCUACGGCCCUAGUCUCCAGGUUCUCGUUGACAUAUCAAAACACCCGAGCCUUUCUCACCAUCUUAAGCAUGUCAUCAUCGGGACCGACCAAAUUCUCCCACCUAACAGAAUCAGCGCGGCAACCGACGAUCAAAAAUCCCUGAACUGGCACCUAGCAUACGCUGACCAGCAAACACUGUUGGUAUCCGGCCGGGCACGCGACAUGCUCGUUGAGGCGUUCAGGAACUUGCGCCACCUUGAGAUCAUCGAUCUUCGAGAUUUCCAUUCCUCCUCUCGGACCCGCGACGGCGACGCGACUUGGAGCAGUUAUGGCCAUAACACCCUCCUUGAAACCACCGGAGUAAAACCGUUCACGGGACAGCCACGGGCUGGAGAGGAAGACUAUCCAACCCGCUUGUUUUCGCUCAUCAUCCACGCCUUGGCUGCUGCCAAAGCCCGCCCAGAAGGCAUCGAAGUGGUGAUUAGGGAGAACUGGGCAGUCCGCGAGCACGGCUUUCUGGUUCCCACUUAUCUAGAGCCUGAUCUUCUGCCGAUACUUGCGGGUCUCAAAAAGCUGCACCUCGUGCUAGAUAUCAACACGGUCACAUAUGUAAAUGUCGGGAUUCAGUACCUCCUGUUCAAGAAGUUCCUGGCACUCACUCCAAACCUUACGUGGCUGAGAAUCAACUUCAGGAGAUGCUUUUCGAACCAUGGAGAGGAAGAGGCUUUGCUUAAGUGGCUCGCCAGUUCCCUCCGCCCUGGCGCAUGGUCUUCCCCUGGCCUAACCAACGCUGAUCCAUCCCGCUUCCCACCACCGGUCGAGCUCGACCACCUGGAACAGCUGGACAUCGGACAAUGCAGUGUUUCGACAAACACGCUUGCUCGCCUAUUUCGCAAGUUCUCGCCCACCUUGAAAGCGAUUAGCCUACGCAGGGUCAAACUCCAGCAAAACUCCGACCAACACUCAUUCGACAUGGAUGAUGAUGAGCAAAACCCAUGGAUCAAAUUCUUGCGUAGCCUUAAGAAGGAGUCAUUUCCACAUCUUCGAGAACUGAGCCUGGGUCACUUGGAAGCUGUGGUAAGAUCUAAUGCUUCCAGGGCUGUACUCCACUACCCGGUGGUAGAGUUUGUCAAUCCAAACGAGGCCGAGAAGAAGAACGGCACUCCAGCAACAGGGUAUCAAAACCUGAAGGGGAUGGUUAAUGCCAAGAGGGAUAGGACCUACACUGGCCUGAAACUGGAGACCUUUCUCAGCAACCCUGCCGCGGACAUAGCUACGCCUAGCAAGCACAUCACAGGCGUUCCGACGCGUGGACAUUCCUCGGACAACGAAUCGGACUUCGAUUCAGAGGACGAUGAUGACGAGGAAUUGAGUGAUGAUGAUGGCAGUGCAUCACCGCUCCACUAA